AUGAAGGCUAAAAUAGAAUUCUUGGGUGGUCUUGAUGUCAUUUCAAGCCAUGUUAGGGAACACAAGGUUAACUUACCCUUCGAAGAAGGUGAUGCUACUAUAAGAGACUUGAUAAGAUACAUCUGUGAGAAUAUCAUUACCGACCCCAAAGAUAUUCCAGUUUUUAUAGAGGACGACAGCGUACGCCCGGGAAUUUUGGUGUUGAUAAAUGACACUGACUGGGAGUUGGAAGGAAUGGAGGAGUACGUAUUGGAAUCCGGGGAUGUAUAUACGUUUACCAGUACGUUACAUGGUGGUUAG